GUCACAAUGACGUCAAUAAGAGAAGUGUACUUUAGGCCUAGGCCUAAAACAGAUUUGUAGAGAACGUGUUUUCUUCAGACCUUCUGGUUGUGUUGGGUUGACUUGAUGUGGAUUUCCUUUUUGUGUUGAUGAAUUGAUUAUAUUUUUAAAGAAAUGGGAGAUGAAAGAAUUAUACGUGUUGGAACAAGAAAAAGUCAGCUUGCACUUAUCCAGACCACAAAUGUCAUACAGAUGCUUAGAAGUCUGGACCCAACACUCAAGUUUGAGACAUUGCCCAUGACAACGACAGGAGACCGCAUUUUGGACUCAGCUCUUUCUAAAAUUGGAGAAAAAUCUUUGUUCACAAAAGAGCUGGAGAAUGCUUUGUUAAAAAAACAAGUUGACUUUGUCGUCCACUCACUCAAAGAUUUACCCACAACACUUCCAGAAGGUUUAGUCAUUGGAUGUGUGUGCAAGAGAGAUAACCCUUAUGAUGCUAUAGUGUUACAUCCAAAACACAAAGGUAUAACUCUAAAGGAUUUGCCUCCUGGAAGUGUGAUUGGCACAAGUUCUUUAAGGCGAGCGGCACAAGUUCAGAGAUUGUUUCCACAUUACAAGAUAGAAAAUAUUCGAGGAAAUUUGAAUACAAGGUUUAAGAAGUUGUCAGAGGAAAAUGUUUAUGAUGCCAUUAUUUUGGCAGUGGCUGGUCUUGAAAGAAUGGGAUGGCAACAGUGUAUAUCACAGGUUUUGACCCCAGACGAGUGCAUGUAUGCUGUAUCCCAAGGUGCCAUGGCUGUGGAGUGUCGCGCUGACGAUGAGGCCACGCUACAGCUGUUAAAUCAAAUCCAUGACCAUUUUUCUACUAUUGCUUGCAUUGCUGAGAGAGCUUAUCUUAGACAGCUGGAAGGGGGUUGCAGUGUUCCUGUGUCAGUUUUUACAGAAAUCUCAAAUGACCAGAUAAGCAUACGUGGUGGUGUCUUUGAUACGGAUGGAAGCCAAUCUGUGCAGCACACUAUCAAAGCUGAUCUUCGAUUUCCUGAUGUCCCAAUUCCUUCCCAACAAGCUUUUGUUGGUAUCCAUUGCCAAAAUCCUAGCAGGAAAAAUGAAUACACUUCAGCCUGGGUUACUGGGGAAAGACUGGCAGAUAGCAUGAUUAAAAUGGGAGCGGACGCCAUAUUGUCUAAGGUCAAGGCAGCAACCAAGGCAGAAAUCAUAAGAGAUCAUGAAAAGAAGAAACAGGAAAAGGAACAGUUGAAAUCUUUGGCUGCUGGAGAACCAUCAGCUUCCUUUAGUCAUGGAAGUUGCUAGUCAGCAGGAAAUGUGACAAAUGCCAAUGUUGUAAACAAAUAAUUUUCCUAAAAGAAGAGCUUGUAAAUAUGUAGUCCCAGGACGUUAAAUAAACAUCUUUAUUCAAGCAAUGACAUUUUGCUUAAAGUAUAAAAAUAGCAAAAUCAAAACUAUUGAAAGUACAAUAAAUUUUUAUUUUUUUAAAAAGUGUUUCAGUUUUAAGAAAGACUACAUGUAUUUUAAUUUUCUUGGUCAAACAUUAGCUGUGAUUAUUCUUACCAUAAAGAUGAUAAAAUGAAUGAUUAAAAGGCCAAGUGAUAUACUGUAAACUGACUUGUAUACAGUAAUUUUACUGUAUUUAAAAAAGAUAACAUUAUUUGAAUUAGUCAUUUCCAGUAUGUUUACUUUAAUAACAUUGUAUUAACAUGUAAUGACAUGGGUUUGAGAUCCAAGUAAUUUAAAGUUUUGUUAGCUCAUAAUUUAAACUGUUAUCUGUUUAGUUGCAUAAUAAUAACAGCCUACUUACUUUGGGAGGAGAAAUUGAAUUGCUGACAAGCAACAAUGUAAACAGUUUAUCUUUCUAAUUUUGUCAAAUAUAGGUAUUAUAAAUCUUUUAGUACAAAAAAAUUAUAUUAUAAAUGUCAUAUUCAAAACAAAAUAUUGUUUACAAAUUUGCUGAAAUUUCACUGCCAAAGUUUACUAGAUUGUAGAAAUGUUUGCAAAAAUAAUUAUUUUUAUUAACCACUGCCUUUUAACUUGAUAUAAGAAAAACAUGGCUUUUUAAAGUUUGUCUUUGUGGUUGCAAAUUUAUCCUAGCAGAAUGAUGUACCUUAAAUUAUAAUUUUGUAGACUGAAGUAAUUAGUGUGGUGAAAUUAUGAUACUGAUACAUAUACUUGUUGAUGAAAAUAGUUGUACAUUUUUGUAUAUUUUUCAUAUGAAAUUUCAGCCCAGAGGCUGAUAACUUAAUCUGGUACAAAACAUGAAUAAACUUGUGAUCUCUAGUCGUAGUUCCAUAUCUUGACAUUAUUUUUCUUUAUUCUUUUGCCGAGCAAGUUCUUUAGUCUUGCAUUAAUUAUUUGGGUAUAUAUUUUAAAUAAUUGAAAAGCAACAAAACAUGUUAUAUUCUAAAAUAUUCCAUAAUACCAGGCUGUUUGUAUUUCUUAGUAUUUUCGUAUUUAGAUGGAUGUGUGAUUAUCACUGCUUUUGCUGCUUUAAAAAAUAGCUUAUAACUGACUGAUCAACUUGGUAUUAAAUUACGAAGUUCUGUUAACUUUAAAAAAAAUUUUUAUUUAAGUAACAAACAAAUAAUGGAUCAAAAAUGUUUUUGAAGAUUCCUAUAUAUAAUGGUAUUGAUUUAGAAAUUGUAGGAAAAAAACAUUCUGUUUAUAAAGGUGAAGGACAGUUUUCUUGUAUGUUUGGAAUAAAAAUAAAAGUUAAUGCUAAACAUUUUUUGACACUUGAAUUGUUCCAAUUUAAAAAGUGAUAUCUUGGUAUAGACAAAAGUGGAGUAAGCCUACAAGUUUACACAUAAUGUGUAAUUGUCUAUGCUUGCAUUUAUCUAAUUAAAAAGUUUCUUUCAUGGUGUAAGUUUUCUCUCAAGAUUUCUUUCUAAAUUGAUGAAAAUAAUCUAAGAUAUAGUUGGUAGUGUAUAGUUGAUAUGCGAUCCUCAGAAUUAAAUUGUUGACUUUAGUUAAGGCAAAUCUAGUGCUGCAUGCUGUGAACGUUAAAACUGCUUUAUUAGAGGGUACGUUAUCAAAGUAAAUGGGGCAGUGAGGUAGAGUUAACCUAUUUUUGUGACCUCUGCAUAUGAAGGAAUAGUGUACCCAGCCACCUUUACUUUUCCUAACCCCUAAGAGAUGGGUAGACAAGACUUUCUGCUGACUUGAACACUGAUUCGAACUCGAGAUAUUCAGGUGUUACAUGUCUAGUGUUCUACUGCUAGGCUACACAUUACUCUACUGAUAGAACCUAUAUUUCACUUCCUAAGGUAUCAGUGAUUGUGUUGUCAAUGUCAUAACUAAAUUAUAAACAGUGCCAAAUUAUUAACAUUCUGGUAUGGUACAUGCAUGCAUCUUUCUAUUUGAUAAGGCUCUCUGACUUUGAAUGAAUCUCUACC